CUUAGAGAACUAAUUGUUAAAAUUCGUGCUUCUUCUUUAAGAAGAGAAAAAUUAAGUAAUGCCUGCAAAAAUAAUGAUAUUAAUGAUUUAAAGCCCAUCUUGGAUGUUCCUACAAGAUGGAACUCAACUUUUGACAUGAUAAAGAGAGCUUUACAAUUAAAAGUUGUAAGUUUUAUUGUAUUUUUAAUAUUUUAA